AGUCUGUCACGCUGCGUGCCAUUAUUACACAAGAGCCGCGUUGACGCUGCGACGCGCCGCUUGCCGCAUUUCCACGCUCACAUUUAUGUGCCUGAAUGUGUUGUGGAGCGAGAUCUGUUGUUUUUGAUCUCUUCUCCGCCUGUGUGUGUGAGUGUGUGAGUGUGUGAGAGCUGCAGUCAUGGCUGUGGACGGAACAGACCAGCGCGCGCUUCAGUAUGAACAAACUUUGAUGUAUGGCCGCUACACUCAGGAACUGGGUGUGUAUGCGAAAGAAGAGGCGGCCCGUCUCCGAGAGGACAGUCGUCAGCGCCGCUCCCUCUCCGACCGAAGCCCGUCGCUCAAACUCCUCGAGUACGAGAAGGGAAGAUGCGUCAAGUGUCGAAUCUGUGCAGUGCACUGUCAGCGGUUCUUCAUGUUACGGGUCGGCGAGGACUGGAUCUUCCUCAUCUUGCUGGGACUCGUCAUGGCGCUGGUCAGCUUUGUUAUGGAUUUCUGCAUCGCCCUCUUAUUACAAGCUCAGAAGUGGAUGUAUGGUGGUUUGGACAGUAACGUCAUCCUGCAGUAUUUGGCUUGGGUCACUUAUCCUGUGGUUCUCAUCAGUUUCUCUGCAGGCUUCACACACAUAGUAGCGCCUCAGGCCGCCGGGUCUGGUAUUCCUGAAAUGAAGACGAUCCUCAGAGGAGUUGUGCUGAAGGAGUAUCUCACGUUGAAAACGUUCGUGGCCAAAGUGGUCGGACUGACCUGCGCACUGGGCAGUGGUUUGCCUCUGGGAAAGGAGGGUCCGUUUGUGCACAUUGCCAGUUUGUGUGCUGCUCUUCUCUGCAAAUUCAUGUCUUUCUUUGGUGGAAUUUAUGAGAACGAGUCGAGAAACAUCGAGAUGCUUGCGGCUGCCUGUGCUGUCGGGGUCGGCUGCUGCUUCGCUGCUCCUAUUGGAGGUGUAUUAUUCAGCAUUGAGGUCACCUCCACGUUUUUCGCCGUCCGAAACUACUGGCGUGGAUUCUUUGCUGCUACGUUUAGUGCCUUUAUCUUCAGAGUUCUGGCAGUGUGGAACAGAGAUGAAGAGACGAUCACGGCUCUCUUUAAAACCCGGUUCAGGCUGGACUUCCCCUUUGACCUCCAGGAGCUUCCAGCCUUUGCUGUGAUCGGAAUUGCCAGCGGGUUUGGCGGUGCCUUAUUUGUGUAUCUGAACAGGCUAAUUGUUCAGUUUAUGCGAAAACAGAAAACUAUUAACAAGUUCCUCAUGAAGAAGCGUCUGUUGUAUCCCGCGCUGGUCACGCUACUGAUCUCAACACUCACUUUCCCACCGGGGUUUGGGCAGUUCAUGGCCGGACAGCUGACACAGAAGGACACCCUGGUUUCAUUUUUUGACAAUCGCACUUGGACAAAGCAAGGAAUCACAGAAGACUUUAGUUACGACAGUCACUCGACCGCCUGGAAACAUCCGCAGGCUAACGUCUUCGUGAUCCUCGUCGUUUUCAUUGUUAUGAAGUUCUGGAUGUCUGCUUUAGCUACAACUCUUCCUGUACCUUGUGGAGCCUUCAUGCCCGUUUUUGUCAUUGGUGCUGCAUUUGGCCGUUUGGUGGGUGAAAGUAUGGCCGCUUGGUUUCCAGAAGGAAUUAAUACGGAUGGUAUCAUCUAUCCCAUAGUGCCCGGAGGAUACGCUGUCGUGGGAGCGGCGGCGUUAUCCGGAGCGGUCACACACACCGUUUCCACGGCCGUGAUCGUGUUUGAGUUGACGGGUCAGAUAAGUCACAUUCUGCCCAUCAUGAUCGCUGUGAUCCUCGCCAACGCCGUCGCUCAGAGUCUUCAACCGUCCAUCUACGACUCCAUUAUACGCAUCAAGAAGCUGCCUUACCUGCCCGAGCUCGGCUGGGGUCACCACGA